AUGUGUCAUGGAACACAGGCUAGACCCUCCGCCGCACCACAAAUUCGUUGCGUCAUUCAGAGAACAGUCAAAACGUCAACGUCACCACCUAACUACUCGUUUUCAUCCAGUGAAGACGUCGGGAUGCACCAUUCCUUCUUUCUCGCCUGUUAUUUGUACGCAAACUGCGAGGGGUGCGUCGUGAGCAAACUGGAAUACCCACUCACUACCUCCACACCCAUAAGCACCGCGCUGUCUUCACUACCAGGGCUCUGCGUGCAAGCUGCACCCGGCCGCUCUGAGCCAGUCACCUCAGUUACAAGAAGAAGCAAGGAAAUCACAUUGAACACCAAAACGAAACAAGCGGCAACCCUCGCAAAAGGUCAGCAAAUCAUCAACGCAGAUGAGGUGUAG